CUGUGAGAGCACGCAGCACGAACACAGCGCCUCGGAACACACUUUGAGCUUCUGCUGGACCAACGGUAGCACUGGUGGAGAAGGCUCCUACUGAAGUCCCCUUGGAAUAAAAGCAGCCUGUUAAACGUUUGGUGAGGACUUCUCCUGCUCUACCAAGAUGGGGAACAGAUUAUCAGAUCAUCACUCCCUCUUACCCUGCCUGCCGUCCUUCCAGGCUCUCCACAUUGUCAUUCUAGGACUGGACUGUGCAGGCAAGACCACUGUACUGUACCGCCUGCGUUUCAAUGAGUUUGUAAACACUGUCCCAACUAAGGGUUUUAACACAGAGAAGAUCAAGGUGUCUCUUGGAGGUAGCCAACGGACAGCGUCCUUCCACUUCUGGGAUGUAGGCGGUCAGGAGAAGCUGCGUCCUUUGUGGCGCUCUUACACACGAUGUGCUGAUGGCAUCGUGUUCGUGGUGGAUUCUGUGGAUGCUGAGCGCAUUGAGGAGGCCAAGACAGAGCUGCACAAGAUCACACGGCUGACAGAGAACCAGGGGGUGCCAGUUCUGGUGGUGGCUAACAAACAGGACCUGAGGAACUCACUCAGUAUGGCUGAGAUGGAGAGCAUGUUGGCUCUAGGUGAGCUCAGCCCCGCCACAGCCUGGCACCUUCUGCCUGCUUGUGCUAUCAUUGGUGAGGGACUGCAGGAAGGUCUGGAGAAGCUGCAUGCCAUGAUCAUGAAGAGGAGAAAGAUGCUGCGGCAGCAGAAGAAGAAGAGAUGAUGUGCUAACAAAGGGAACUGUAAAAUGUGAGAUGAAUCUAAAGCUACAUAAGAACUCCUGUGAGCUGCGUAUGAUCUGCUGGCCCACUGUGACCGGUCAUCUAGCUUCCCUUUGAAGUCUGAUUGGCUGAGUUUGAUCCUUGCAGUGUAACUGUUUGUUCAGGCUGGCCAGUGUUAGGCUCCCACAGAGGACAGUGGGGUUGAUUUUGCCCUGUGGACUUUGGAUGCCAACAAUCUCAUCAGCAACAGCCAUUCAUCAAGGAAGUCCAGUAUUAUGCUCUUCAGCAGAAAGCUAUGAAGUUUACACUGAACUCUCUAAAGUGGACAAUGAGCUCUGACUUCUCUGUUUAUGUUUAUGUUUCUUGUUCAAAUAUGUCGCAAACAACGCUUGUGUUGGAGCUAAUUGAUAAACGCUGCAUAUGUCACUGUAGGGACAAGUAUUUUGUAUCCAUGUUGCACAAUGGGGGGGGGUUGGUCAAAAAGAGUAAUGUUCACAAUGACCCUAACAUGUAAACACUGUUAUCUGGUGUCAUAGAACAUGUCAGUCCAUUUAAAACAUUACAUUUUGUUGUCAAUCCUUCUGAAUGAGGGAGGGCGGGGGUGUCUUUGUAGAACCGUCACUUCACCAACAGGAAAUCAAGAGCAGGAAGGGAAGGACGUCCACUUCCUCCACUAACCGUAGCCUGAGAACAUCAGAACUCAGUGCCGGUCAUGGCUGAUCGGUCCUCUGUGCCACAGUAAAUAAUGCACAACCUCUACUUGACUUGCUCCUCUGUAACUUGCAUGUACAGCUCAUACCACAGUUAAUAAUGGAAAGUAUCAGUCAAAUUGAAUACAAUGUAAUAAUCUUAAAUUAUUAUUAUUUAGCAUUGAUUAUGAAUUAGGGGUACACCAAUGAUUAUAUUUUUGCUGAUAUUUGCUCACUUUAGAUAUGUCAGUGUUAAUGUAUUCCUCGGCUCUUGAGAAACAAAAAAUGUCAGUAUGGAAAUGCCAAAGAUAUGAUUGAGGUAACUUAGAGGAAACAUCAAAUGUUAAAUAUAAAGUGUCUCAUCUAUCUGAUAUGUAGACUAAGUUACCACAUCCCAGAUGCUUGUUUCCUGGGAGCUAACUGAAUGGUUGGAUAGCUGAUUACGGUUGGUUAAGGGAUGGUUGCUUGCUAGUACAGCUGGGUAUGAGUUCAAAAUUCUAUGUACUAGUGCCAAAUUCAAUACUGUAAUCAAAAUGAUCCCUUUACGAUACCUUGUCUGAAGGAGUACAGACAUGGUGUCCUACAAAAACCUUGUUCAUUCAACUAAAGACACCAACAUGCUCAAAUAUUAAAUGUCUAAAUUCAAACAGCUGUUCAAGUAAACAAGAUUACAUAUUGGACCAGACAUUCAUUACGUGACAGUUCUAGACUAGUGCUGCGGAGAGUUCAGUGUCACAAAAGCAGU